CAAAGUUUUGCAAUAUAUUAAUAGCAAGCUUAACUUAUAAACAGGGCAAUUAUGUAAAAUAGCUUUACCUAAAUUACCAAUAUCUCUAUAGUUUUACUGUUAAGCACUAUUUAAUCUACGGAAUCUCUAGAUUUAAAACAUAUAUUCUACAAUAUUAAUGCUAUUUAUCUGCAAUCUCUACAAGAGCAGGAUUCCUAUGGUGGAGGCUUUGACAUUAAUCAGUCUUUCGAUGACAUGAUGUCUGAUGUCCACAUGUGGGACUCCACCCUCUCCCCCUGUGAGAACCAGAGCUACGUGGAUGAUCUAUUGGCUUCACUCCAGGGAAUGUGCUCAACUGGAGGGCGCUGAAGUUCCAGAUUACAGACAAAGUGUUGAUAAAAAAUAAACAAAUGACCUGAUGACGUUUUUGCUGCUGUUGGUGACACUGACAGCAUGUGCUGCAAGUCCUCAAGAUCUGUCAGGUAAAAUGUUCACCUUUCCACAAGAAACCAACACAGCUCGUGUAAUUCUGACACCAACACCAAUACAGGAAUUUAGUGCCUUAACCAUCUGUCACAGGUCCUUUACAGACCUCAAACGAGACCACGCCCUUUUCUCUUUGGCCACACAAUCUAAUUCCAAUGCCUUGCUGAUUUUCUGGGACGAAACAAACAAGGAGAUGGAUCCCCAUAUCAGGGAUAAAAAGGCACAAUAUAAAGGGCAGGACUACAAACCGAACAUGUGGCACUCCAUUUGUACCACAUGGGACUCUGCAUCUGGACUGGUGCAGCUGUGGUUUGAUGGACAACCUUCGAUGAGGAAAUAUGUCAGCUCUGGAGAAAUCACAGGAUCCACCAUGAUUAUCUUAGGACAGGAGCAGGAUACCCAUGGUGGGGGGUUUGACCUGAAGCAGUGUUUCGUUGGCAUGAUGUCUGAUGUCCACAUGUGGGACUACACCCUCUCCCCAUGUGAGAUGCAGAAGUAUGUGGAUGAUCUAAACUUCACUCCAGGGAAUGUGCUCAACUGGAGUGCGAUGGUGUUCCAGAUUAUAGACAGAGUGCUGAUAGAAGAUAAACUAAUGACCUGUCACUAAAAUUUGAAAAAAUACCAUCUAUAUAUU